UGUUUUACUUUACAUGGUGAAAACAUCGGUACAGUUACAACAUGGCACCUCGGGUAUACCGUCACACUGCAUUCAAAUUUCUAUAAAUGCUUCUAUAAUGCAUAUUCAGUGUAUUCAUAAUCAUAAAAUAAGGUCGCUGUCAAAUUCAGGCUACUAGUUCAGCUAACAGGGGACAACUUUCUUAGUGUACUUUCAUGCUGCCCACAUAACUGUCAUUUCAAUAUUUAUGUUCUUUAAAUCUUGCAAAUGUAAUAGCUUGGCAACGUUUUCCAGUUGAGCGCGCCAGUGCCAUGCGGCUGCGUCUGCGCAUCUCCUCUGAACACUCCUUCGCAGCCAUAGUUGCGCAGCCGGUUCCUGAGCGCGCCUUCUUACCGCUGACGCACUGGCGAGGCGCGUGCAGUUGAGAGAGGUAGGAGCUCGCGGCGACAGCGGACCGUUAGCUCCAUCUGCGUGCAGAGCGGGAAAGCUACAUUGUGAAAGAAGAUCAGUUGCGGAGACUUGCGGUUAAUGGCAUCGUUGCGCUGGGAAGGACGGGCAGUCGCCCGCGCCCUCUCCAACUAUGACCGCACUCGCGCCAAUCGGAGUCAUCAUCACGACACGCGAGCCAGCGCAGCGACAACGUUCCCUAAUAUUUCAAAAGCGUGUAUUUGUUCGUUUUAAAAGACGUCUGUGCAUUGAUUUUUAAAUUAUACAUAAGAGAUUCAUUAGUCUACAAAGGUUUUAGAAAAUCUUUUUGUAACUAGUUUUUUCUUUUUUUUUUCAACUGUAAAUAUUUCGGUGUGGUAGGGACUACGGUUUUAGGGACAGAUCUAAAAGCGCAUCGUGCGCACAGGUGUUCAUUUAGAGGUAUACGGGAUCUUAGGUUUUGGGAGGAAAAUGCAGAAUUCUUGACAUCCUUCGGAUUCUCCGUUUCCACCACUGCUAGUAUAAACAUUUGGUACACGGCAGUUUCUCAGCGGAAUUGAUUUUGGAUUGUAAAGUUCUGUUCCAUUUGAAGUUUCAAGAUGGCCGACGCGUGGGACCCCCGGGAGGGCGUGACCGCGGACCCCUGGACGUUCCCGCCCUCGGGCCCGAACGCCACGCUGUCCGAGCCGCUGCUGUACGACAGCUUCUUCAACGACUCGGAGGCGGGCCCGGCCAACGGCACCGGCCACGGCUUCGACAAGGCCAGCACGGUGGUGGUGACCUUCGUCUACCUCGCCGUCUGCGCAGUGGGCCUGUGCGGCAACGCCCUGGUCAUCUACGUCAUCCUGCGGCACGCCAAGAUGAAGACCGUCACCAACAUCUACAUCCUGAACCUGGCGGUGGCCGACGUGCUGUGCAUGCUCAGCCUGCCCUUCAUCGCCAUCCAGCUGGCGCUGGUCCACUGGCCCUUCGGCUCCGCCCUCUGCCGCGUCGUCAUGACGGCCGACUCGCUCAACCAGUUCACCAGCAUCUUCUGCCUGACGGUGAUGAGCGUGGACCGCUACCUGGCCGUGGUGCACCCCAUCAAGUCCACCAGGUGGCGCAAGCCGCGCGUGGCCAAGGGCAUCAACGUGGCGGUGUGGGGCGUGUCCCUGCUGGUCAACCUGCCCGUCAUGAUCUUCAGCGGCCUGCUGAGCUCCCGCAGGGGCGGGGCGCGCUUCUGCACCAUCGUGUGGCCCGAGCCGCAGGGGGCCUACUACACCGCCUUCAUCUCCUACACCUUCCUGCUGGGCUUCUUCCUCCCGCUGGCCGUCAUCUGCCUCUGCUACCUGCUGAUCGUGGUGAAGGUGAAGUCGUCGGGCCUGCAGGUGUGCUCGUCCAAGCGCAAGCGGUCGGAGCGCAAGGUGACGCGCAUGGUCUCCAUCGUGGUGGCGGUCUUCGUGCUCUGCUGGCUGCCCUUCUACGUCUUCAACGUGACCUCGGUGACGGGCAGCAUCAACAGCACGCCGGCGCUCAAGAGCACCUUCGACUUUGUGGUGGUGCUGGGCUACGCCAACAGCUGCGCCAACCCGGUGCUCUACGCCUUCCUGUCGGAGAACUUCAAGAAGAGCUUCCAGAAGGUCCUGUGCCUGACGAGGGGGCGGGGGGGCGGGCCCGAGGAGGCGGAGCGCAGCGACAGCCGGCAGACCCGCGCGCGGGGCGGGGCCAACAACGACGUCACGGAGACGCAGAGCGCGCUGCUCAACGGCGACCUGCAGACAAACAUCUGAGCGCGCCCCGGGGGGUCAUGGGGUCAAGGGUCACGGGGGUCACGGGAGGUCAUGGGUCAUGUGCACACCCUCACCCUGCCCCUCCCCCUUCCCCCUGGGCGAACUGCAGGCCAGCAUUUGAGCGUGCCCCGGGGGGGGUCACGGAGUCAAGGGUCACGUGCACACCCUCGCCCUCACCCUCCCUCUCCCCCUGCAGACCAGCAUUUGAGUGCGCCCGGGGGGGGGGGUCACAGGGUCAAAGGUCAUGUGCAGAAACCUUCCCCCUCCCCCUCCCCCUGGGCGAACUGCAGACCAGCAUCUGAGCGUGCCCCAGGGGGGGUGACGGGGUCAAGGGUCACGUGCACACCCUGCACCCAACCAGAGAAAUGGUUGCAACAUUUGCCUGCCAGCUCUAAACUCUUAUUUUGUUUUUUUUUUCCCCCUGUAUGUAAUAGGAUGACAUCACGCCCUCUGACUGAGAGAGCCUCUGUCUGUGCUCAGAGCCGACCCCGAUGGUUUUGGCGGCCCCAGAGUGCACCUUUAGGGUGCACCAGAGUGUACAUUUUUUUUAAAACUUCAAUUGUGUGGCCCCAGGGAGGGUUGUGGCCCUAAGCGACUGCAUGGUGUUCAUGGCUGUGGCCAGCCCUGCCACGACUGACCACCCACCCACAUUUCUGCAUGCAAUUGGUCGUUAUUAAUUACUUUUUUUUUUAUUUUGGGACAAGAAGAACUUGUUCUUUUUUUUCGUACAGAACAGCAGAGAUAUUCGAUGUAUUUAUGCGGAAAAGGAAAUCAUUCAAGGAUUUAAUCUGAAGCUUUUCUGCGAUCUGAAACUUGAAGCUUGAAAACUCGCCGAUCGUCACAUCGGUGAUCAUUCUAGUCUGAAAUGCGACGGUGAGACGCCUGCCCUCAUUGGCUGUGCAGCUCAAGCUCUUUAUCCACAGACCCAAUCAAGCGUGGAUUUGGAAGUUCAUCCUGCCUACAGUUGGGGUCUUUAAAAAUAUGAUUGUUAUCAUCAUUUUCUAUUUCAAAAAUAUGCUUUUCUUCUCUAUGUGGCAAGUCACAUUGUUUGUGUUUUAGAGGUGAUGUCCACAGCUAAUGGUGCUUUGAGGCCUUUCAGACACAGAGUUGCUGAGAAUAAAUGUGCUUAUUCAUGGAGAAAUAGAGCUGCAAAACCAUAUUCUCAUGCAAAAUUCCUGAAACGUGUAAAGUGGUCAUUGAAUUGUACGGUCAUUAACAGAAUUUGUGCUUUUUUUUGUUCCUCUGCUUUUAAAAAAAAAAAAUUUGACGAGUCAUGCACCGAGGCACAGACCUAUAACACAUCCGAAUGGCUUACCCUGUCCAUUAGGCCUAAUAUAUCAGCCCGUCCAUGUCGUAUAAAGGUCUGUGCGGCACCGCUUUUAAAAAAAAAAAAAAAAGAGAAACAAAAAACAAAUACGCAUGAUAAAUGAAUGUGGACCCUGACCAGAGAUAAGCAGGUUAGAUGAUGGAUGUACGGACGCCAGACACGAGUGAGACAGAUCCCUUCGCUUACUUUGAGUUCAGGAGAGAAGUACGGACACAGAAGCUUGAAUGCUCGGUGUUACUUCAGCUCAGGAAGGGUAAACAAAGAGUUCAGAAAGUCCAAUUUGACCCGUAGGAACUGUCGAAACUCACAGGGGAGGGUUGGAAAUUCUCAGACUGUGCCGAUGACUGACGCACAUCAGAACAAAUAGGGACGUCUCCUUAAACAGGUCUGCGGUCUCCUCACAGAGAUUUAAUGUAAAAUGACCUGGACCCACAGAUCAGGGCCUGUCCGUCAGUCAGCCAGAGGACCGAUGCCUGUCAGUAGGCAGGUUAACACCACGAGAGUUAAAUUAACACUGGCGGAGGUUCAUUUAACUUUUAACAGUGUGUGGAGAAGGAUGGGGGGGUGGGGGGGGGCAACAUGUUGUUGACUGAGUGUUGACUGAGUGCCUGACGUUUGUAAAAAUCCAGCGUGGUUCAAGUGGCCCAGCUGUUGAAAGCCAGAACAUUCCAAUCUGCUGCAUCGUGAAUAUUAAUGAGGAGGGCGGGAUCAGAACACUGUGGAAAUUAAUGCGACUGUCCCUGGGCACGUCUCUUCAUGAUUAUUCAUAAUCAGUAAUUGCGAUGCUGGAAAUCCUCGCUUCGAACGUCGCGCAGUAGGGAAAUAAGGAAGAGGGAUAAAAUCUGUCUACAGGUUUCCCGAGAAUGCCACUGUCCCAUUCUGUGGAGGGAGAGUAAGGAACAGGCCUAUGAUUGGCAGAGGGAAGCGCAAUCCCAUUGGUUGGUGCAGAGCCAGGUGGCUACAAUUAACCACCAUUGGGACUAAAGUGAUGCAUUGUGGGAUGUCAUGACUGGUAUAGCCGAGUAUUGGACAGCUGGAAUCGGAAGUCCUUGUGUUUCAAGUUGAGGUUCUCUCCUUGUUGGUGACCAUCUUUGCUGGAGUGGGUGGAGGCUAACGUCACGCUGACUGAUGUAGCGUUGGAUCGAGGCACAGGCUUUAAUUUACAGCUCAGCUGCUCCCCUGGAGCUGGUGUUAGUGAAACGCCUUUUUGUGUCUGGUUAUUAUGUCUUGUUUUGGUUUAUUUUGGGAAAAAAAAAAAUACUGUCUUGAGUGUGUCUGACUGUUAUAGAACACGGAUUUAAAACAGAGAGGUGUGACCAGCCCAUAACCACCCCUGUCAGUGUCGGACUGCUGAACGUGUCUGGCUCAGAGUUUCAUUUCAACAGCAUCUCCGGCGUUCCUCCUACGAGUGUGAGAGCUUUUUAAAAAACACAUUUCUGUGCGGACGGUGUGAAAGUUUCCCUCGAUUUCAGCCCCCCCGGUCGGAGCGCCAGGGCGUCCCGUUCCCGUGUGGCGUGUUUCGAGCGGAGAGGGCCUGCUUGAGACCCUGUGCGGGUCCCCGCCUCCUCAUCGCAGUCUCUGAGGCAGGCGCUCUUAUCCGGAGAGACGCCCGGGAGUGGAGAGCGCCGGCGUAGCGCACGCUAGCCAGACCCGUCGCCUCCGCCGCCGCUGUCGGUCUACAGGCCAGCGUUAGCGUUAGCGUGUUUGAGGAGUGCUGUUGGUCUACAGGCCAGCGUUAGCGUGUUUGAGGAGUGCUGUCAGUCUACAGGCCAGCAUUAGCGUUAGCGUGUUUGAGGAGUGCUGUCGGUCUACAGGCCAGCGUUAGCGUGUUUGAGGAGUGCUGUCGGUCUACAGGCCAGCGUUAGCAUUAGCGUGUUUGAGGAGUGCUGUCGGUCUACAGGCCAGCGUUAGCGUGUUUGAGGAGUGGUUGGUCUACAGGCCAGCGUUAGCAUUAGCGUGUUUGAGGAGUGGUCGGUCUACAGGCCAGCGUUAGCGUUAGCGUGUUUGAGGAGUGGUUGGUCUACAGGCCAGCGUUAGCGUUAGCGUGUUUGAGGAGUGCCGUCGGUCUACAGGCCAGCGUUAGCGUUAGCGUGUUUGAGUAGUGCUGUCGGUCUACAGGCCAGCGUUAGCGUUAGCGUGUUUGAGGAGUGCCGUCGGGCUACAGGCCAGCGUUAGCGUGUUUGAGGAGUGCCGUCGGGCUACAGGCCAGCGUUAGCGUGUUUGAGGAGUGCCGUCGGGCUACAGGCCAGCGUUAGCGUGUUUGAGGAGUGCUGUCGGGCUACAGGCCAGCGUUAGCGUGUUUGAGGAGUGCUGUCGGGCUACAGGCCAGCGUCUUAGCGUGUUUGAGGAGUGCUGUCGGGCUACAGGCCAGCGUUAGCGUUAGCGUGUUUGAGGAGUGCUGUCGGGCUACAGGCCAGCGUUAGCGUGUUUGAGGAGUGGUCGGUCUACAGGCCAGCGUUAGCGUGUUUGAGGAGUGGUCGGUCUACAGGCCAGCGUUAGCGUUAGCGUGUUUGAGGAGUGCUGUCGGGCUACAGGCCAGCGUACGUAGCGGUUUAGGGUGCUGUCGGGCUACAGGCCAGCGUUAGCGUGUUUGAGGAGUGCUGUCGGGCUACAGGCCAGCGUUAGCGUUAGCGUGUUUGAGGAGUGCUGUCGGGCUACAGGCCAGCGUUAGCGUUAGCGUGUUUGAGGAGUGCUGUCGGGCUACAGGCCAGCGUUAGCGUGUUUGAGGAGUGGUCGGUCUACAGGCCAGCGUUAGCGUGUUUGAGGAGUGGUCGGUCUACAGGCCAGCGUUAGCGUUAGCGUGUUUGAGGAGUGCUGUCGGGCUACAGGCCAGCGUUAGCGUGUUUGAGUAGUGCUGUCGGGCUACAGGCCAGCGUUAGCGUGUUUGAGGAGUGCUGUCGGGCUACAGGCCAGCGUUAGCGUUAGCGUGUUUGAGGAGUGCUGUCGGGCUACAGGCCAGCGUUAGCGUGUUUGAGUAGUGCUGUCGUCAGGUUCCCUUCGUCUAGCCGAGGUGCGUUUCUGUUGAGUGGAACACUGAGUCCAACCACUGAGAAAGUCCAAUAAAACACCUACAGAGAAUCUUAAAACAAUUAGGGUUAGGGAGUCUUCUCCUUCAUCUUCAUCUUCUUCGUCUAUGUCUUCUUCAUAUUCUUUUCCCGCUUUUCUUCUGCUUUUUCUGCUUAUUGUUAUUAUUAUUAAAUUGUUGAUUUUUUAAUUUUAUUUUUAAAACCAAAUUAGGCACGAAGGGACUGGAGAAACAUUUGUGUUUGAACUUAAACCACGUGUUCCUGUCAUGUCACAGUGUCCGUCCAUGUUUAAAAAACGAAAACAAACAAAAAAAAAAAAAAAAACACACACCAAAA